GGUCCUCACGCCUCUGUUGGUCUUCAUCACAGCAAGCAAGCCUUACCCCAACGACUCAGUUUUGCAUUGAUCCACACUCAACACCACCAGGAUCAAACUCUUCCUCUACACGAUCUUCUACUUUCGUUGCCAACAUGUCUGACGGCCUUAACGAUGCCCGAGCUAUGCGGAUAACAGAGAUCAUGACGGACUUCCGCAACCUACAACACUACCUAAGUCAAUUGCGCGCUACACCGACCGCGGAGGAGUACUACCUCGAAGGAUAUUCACUGCUUCGCUCCUGCGCCAGCGAAGCCCAGACCAUCCUUCAAACACCAUUCUCCGCCAGCACAGGGGCAUCUACAGGGGACCCUGAGCGCGAGAGGCAGCAAUUGAAGACAAUCAUCACGGACGCAGCGGUACGACGAUUCCAGUGUCAGCGGGCGUACCUGAGAGCGCACGCUGGUCUGAGGUGGAUGAACUCACGUUACAGCAUUCUGCGAGGCCAGAAGCCGAACGCAAGUCACCUCGCAGCGCUACAACAAGUGGAUGGCACGCUACGCAAUGAGCUCCUUGCCAUUACGGACACUUACGUUGAGAGUACACUCCGCAACCAGGACGCUGCCCAGGGCAAGUGGCUCGUAGAAGACCCUUCGCUCGCUCAGAUCCAGCAAGCGCUCAUGCGCCGAUGAACAUCACGGUCGAUCCAGCAUCUUUCCCGUAAUUUGUACCUACUGCAUUUGGGCAUCCAGCCUCAUGGCGCCACACAUCUCCUACUCGAUACCCAUCUCAUACUACGUUACGCGUCAUCGACCCAGCAUGGCCUUCCAGCAAUGGCUUUGAAAACGCCAUACGACGAACACGGAUACUCUUCUGCUUAAUCAAUUUACCCAAGAUAGCGAUGCCUUGUGGUGGAACGCCCUUUCGACAACGGUGUAUUCGGGGUGCGCGUCUCUCAGGCUCUCCCGUACUUCCCCCCUUUCUUUCUCCUUCCUUUGUGCUGGUCACACUUUCUUGAAAAGCAUACGCACUUUUUUCCCUGGUUUUUGAUAACGCUACAAAGCGGUCAACCUUAGCGUUGGCGUUGGUCUCUUUCUUUUGACUAGCUUACGUUUGGUCGCUUGGCCUGCUUCUCUUCAGGCAGUGCGAAGCGAUCGUAGUGGGAACUUCGUACACAGCAUGACUUCGCG